CCGCAAACAACACCCACACCACCACAGCACUAGCAGAAAUACAGCUCACCAUCACCACCACCACCACCUACCUACCUACCUACCUACCUCAUUACCUACCAACCUACCUCCUCAAUCACCCACCAUCACACCACCCAAGAUUAUAUCAACAACCACCAAAAUGCCCUACCUCCCAACCACCCAAUCCUACCUCGAACAAUCCUCUCUCCUCCUCCAAGCCUACCCAGACACGGUACGCAACCCAACCCAACCCACCCCAACUCACCCCAAUCCACCAACACUAACCAACCAAACGCAGAGAAUAACAACAAAAUACACCUUCCCACGCACACCCACAACCACAGACCCCACCCCAGCAUCAGAACCCAAACCGCGCAUCGCAACCCUCGAACUCAAAACCUUCCACCCCGGGACGGGAAUCUGUCUAAAAUACAAAACGAAUAAGGGGGCGGAAGUGGGACGACUGAUUACUUCUUUGGGGAAGUUGGCGGCGGGGGCGGAUGUGGAGGGGUUGGGGUUGGGGAAUACCAUUCUUUCUUCUGGGGGUGUUGGUGUUGGGGGGGAUAAGGAUGGGGAUAAGGAUGUGGUGAUGGGGGAUGUUUCUUCUGGGAAUCAGGGUGUGGAUGGGGGAGAGGGGGGAGUGGGAAUGGGAAUGGUACUGCGGGUGCUGCUGGGAAAACAGGGAAAGGGGGGAAAGGAGGGAAGAAGGGGGGGAAGGGGAAGAGGUGAUUCUUCUUUUCGUUGUAUUUUAUUUCUAUUAAUGGAUUUGUUUGUUUGAUUGGUGUGGGUUAUUGUUUUGGUGGUGUUUAGGAUGAACGUUUAGUGAGGGUGGUAGUUGACCUGGUAGUUCACCUGGUAGCUGGAUUUACAAAUUACAAGUGGUAUAGUAGUAUCAUCCAA